ACUUCACAUCCAUAUAUCGGCAUGGCGGCGAACGACACGAACACGAAACAAAAAGGGUCAACUAGAGCAAUAUUGAAGCGUGCUCAUGUAUCAGAAACUGUCCAAGAAGACGACGAUAACCCCAUAAAAUCAAUUCUUAAAAAAUCUAAAAAGCCAAAACUCGAUUCAUCUGUCGAAGAGCAUUCAAAGGCUCAACAAGAGCCUACACAAAAAUUGGGAUCUCGUAUUGCCAGUCAGGUGACAGUUGUCAGUGACCAGAAGCUAACAGACUCAACAUCUAAGGUUGAAAAAUCUCCUAGUCAACAAAGAAACAAGCCAAUUUUAGACAAUAGACAGCAGUCUGAUGUAAACCAACCAAACAGAAACGAAGACACUUCAGAUGUUGCUAAAAGUGGAAUAAGUCCAGAUAAAGGUGUAGGCAGUGAAAAAUCCAGAAAAGAAGUAAAGAAAGAGAUAAGUGCUAGUGAAAAAUCAGGAAAAUAUGAUAAAAAGGGUGAAAAGAAGGAUAAAGAGAAAGUGAAGAAAGGAAAGGGAACAGAAUCUAAAUCAUCAGUAGAUAAAAAACAGUCACCAAUAAAAAGUACAAGUAAAAAGACAACAGUGAAGGUUGAAGAAGAAGAUGAGGAAAUAGCCGCAGUACAGGAUCCAAAAGUUGACAGAAGCAGAAUCUGUCCUUAUUUGGACACUAUUAAUAGAUCUGUUCUUGAUUUUGACUUUGAGAAGUUAUGUUCUGUGUCCUUGUCCCACAUCAAUGUGUAUGCAUGCUUAGUAUGUGGCAAAUAUUUCCAAGGUCGUGGAAAAAUGUCCCAUGCCUAUACACACAGUGUGUUGGAAAGUCAUCAUGUGUACCUGAACUUACAAACACAGAAGUUCUAUUGUCUACCAGACAACUAUCAAAUCAUUGAUUCAUCACUAGAAGAUAUCAUUUAUGUGUUGAAUCCAACCUUCACACCAGAGCAGAUCCAACAGAUGGAUAACAACAGUAAGCUGUCUAUAGCUUAUGACAAGACCACUUAUUUACCAGGUAUUGUUGGAUUAAACAAUAUUAAAGCCAAUGAUUAUUGUAAUGUGGUACUACAGGCAUUGUCUCAUGUAACACCUUUAAGGAACUAUUUCUUACAAGAAUCCAAUUACAGUGUAAUAAAACGUCCACCAGGUGAUCAAAUGUGCUUACUUACUCAGAGAUUUGGAGAGUUGUUACGGAAGUUAUGGAAUCCACGUAAUUUCAAAGCCCAUGUCAGUCCACAUGAAAUGUUACAAGCAGUUGUACUGUGUAGUAAAAAGAAAUUACAAAUUACAGAGCAAGGAGAUGCAAUAGACUUUUUGUCAUGGUUUUUAAAUGCUGGGCAUGGAGCUUUAAAUGGAACCCGAAAAUUGUCAAGUAGUAUUAUAAACAAAACUUUCAGGGGCACAAUGAAGGUAUAUACAAGAAAAGUAUUACCUGUAGAAUUGAGUGAUGAAGAGAAAGCCAAACUUAUGGAGCAGGAAGAGUAUAAAGUGAGAAUGGAUGAAAUGCCAUGGUUAUAUUUAACAUGUGACUUGCCUCCACCCCCUCUGUAUCCUGAUGAAAUGAGAGAGAAUAUUAUUCCACAGAUUCCUUUCUCUGUGCUGCUUUCAAAGUUUAAUGGGAUCAAUGAGAAAGAAUAUAAAACAUACAAAGAUUCAACCAUGAAACGUUUUGAAAUCACACAGUUACCCCCAUACAUUAUAAUAUAUAUAAAGAGAUUUGCUAAGAAUUAUUUUAUUACAGAAAAGAACCCUACUAUUGUUAACUUUCCUAUAAAGAAUGUUGACUUUGGUGAUUUAUUAGCCCCAGAAAUAAGAGCAAAACACAAAUGUACGACAUAUGAUUUGAUGGCUAAUAUAGUCCAUGAUGGUGAGCCAGGACCAGGAAAGGGAACAUAUAGAGUGCAUGUGUUACACAAGGGAACAGGAAAAUGGUAUGAGAUGCAGGAUUUACAUGUAAUAGAUAUUCUACCACAAAUGAUUCCGUUGUCAGAAAGUUAUAUUCAGAUAUUUGAAUUGAGAAGAGAUAUUCCAAAUCCAACAUACGGAAAAUCAACAGAAGAAAAUGUUACUAUGGAGAGUUAGUUCAGUGGAUCUGUUAGGACAAAUCAUAAACAUUGUAUGAAAUGUAAAAUAAUAAAAAAAGCUUAAAACACUGAAUGUAAUACUUCACUGAUUAAUAAACACUUUAGAGAGGAAUUAAUGAAGCAUAAAAUGAAAGCAUUGACAAAUAAUAGGGAAGCAUUUUUAAAUGCAUCUUUUGCAGACCAAUUGUCCAUGCUUGUUCUUUGUUUUCUCAUGGCUGCAUAAAUAACUUUGAACACUGAUAGAACUUUUGAAUAUAUUAUUGUAAUAAAUUUAUUGAAUGUA